UGAGUGGCGCGCCCGCUGCGCCUUGCGUCGGCGUCUUCUGCUGCGUCUGUGGUCCCUUCGGAUCUCGGAGCAGAGCGCGACCCCCGAGUCAUGGCGCUGAAGGCCGUGUGCGUGCUGAAGGGCGACGGCCCGGUGCACGGCGUCAUCCACUUCGAGCAGCAGCAGGAAGGUGGGCCCGUCGUUCUGAAGGGAUUCAUUGAAGGAUUAACCAAAGGCGAUCACGGAUUCCACGUCCACGAGUUUGGAGAUAAUACACAAGGCUGUACCACUGCUGGUGCUCACUUUAAUCCUCUGUCGAAAAAACACGGUGGACCAAAGGACGAAGAGAGGCAUGUUGGAGACCUGGGCAAUGUGACUGCUGAUGAAAAUGGUAAGGCUGAUGUGGAUAUGAAAGAUUCUGUGAUCUCGCUCUCGGGAAAGCAUUCCAUCAUUGGCCGCACAAUGGUGGUCCACGAGAAACAAGAUGACCUGGGCAAAGGUGGAAACGAAGAAAGUACAAAGACGGGGAACGCUGGCAGUCGUCUGGCUUGUGGUGUGAUUGGGAUCGCUCAGUAAACAUUCCCCGUGUCAUGGUCUGAGUCCUAGUAACUCAUCUGUUAUCUUGCUAGUUGUAGAAAUUUAACUUGAUAAACAUUAAACGCUGUAACCUUAAAAGUGUAA